GCAACAGUAUUCCUGCAAAACUUAACACAUGGCUGCUGCCACUUCCUGGAGGAAAAAAAAAAGAAAAAAAAAAAAAGAAGCAAUUCACAGUAUUUUUCUACAAAGCCAUCCUGUUCUACAUGGGAAAGGUAACUACCCAGCUCGCCUUUAAGCAUAACAGUGAAAUUGUGGGUCCUCAGUAAACAGCUGCCCCAGGUGCAGCACAAUGCCCCCUUGAUUUCUGUGCAUUUCCAAUAUCCUAUAACCAUGUAAUGGAGACAAACAUAGUUCACCUUCAUCCAAGAAACCCCACAGACACUAAUAGCACAGUUUGUGUGGUUGUUUAACUUCCCAAAUUAGCUCUGCUAAUACUUAUUUUCACCUAAUUUAGAUAAUGUUAUGAGAUCAUUUAAUAACAGUGCAAUAUAAUUGGUGGAUGUUACUAGUAUAAUUUCUUCAGUAAAUGGUAGAAGGUUGAAAUCAUAGUUACUAUUUCUUAAUCUAAGCAAAGUGGCUCCAAAUUUAUGUCACUGCACCAUUUCAAAUAACUGUCAAAUAGAAGAAAAGUUGCAUUUUCAAGCUGUUACCUCUUAUAUUGCUGUUAUGUCUGUGGAAGCCAGGUUACUGACGUAGAUUUUGUUGAGAGUGAUGAACCUGUAAGAAAAGAAUGUGCUUCCCAGGUUGGCUGGUGCUGUCUUCACUCUGCAUCUGAAGCUGUGCUGUAUAACAAAAUAGCAUAGCUACAUAUGUAUUUCCAGGAUGUUUUUAAGUAGUACUGAUUUCAAAACAAAGAAGCUAAUGCUGAGAUGCUGAACUAUGGAUCAAUUUUUUCCCAUCCCUCAAAAAAGGGGAUGGAAAGGUUGGACAUCUGUCUUCAGUGGGGCCUGACUCAAUAUUAGUGUCACAUGAGACAGGGAUAGGAAAGUUCCCAGAUGCUGCUCAGGUUCCUGAGGAGGUUUUGCUUUCCAAAAGCUGGUAACAUUUAUUCAUGAUUAAAAACACUUGCACUGGGGAAAAAAAAAAAAAAGUUCUAACACUUCUACUUUGCAUUUUAAGUUUAAAUUUUACUUCCUUGGGAAGGCUGGACAAUAUUAAGGAAAAAUAAUAACUGCUUAAUGGAGGGUAGAACAAGAAGAGCUGUUGUGUAAUUAAGCCUGCUGAAUUUGUAUUCAUUUCCACUAAUUUAAUUAUUACUUUCUUUGAAUGCUCUGCUGUGAGUCAAAAUAAGCUAGUGCUGGAUUUGAGAACCACAGAAUGAGAAAAUGCUGCAAGGGGGAGCCCUCGACGGAGUCUACAGGCUGGCACAGUUUCACAUUCACUGGGGAUCCUGUGAGGGCCAAGGGUCUGAGCACACUGUGGAUGGUGUGAAAUAUGAUGCAGAGCUUCAUAUUGUUCACUGGAAUGUGAAAUAUGGAAAAUUUGCUGAAGCUGUGAAACAUCCCGAUGGGUUGGCUGUAGUAGGCAUCUUCAUGAAGGUAGGGAAUGCCAAACCUGAAAUACAGAAAGUUGUUGAUGCUCUGAACUCCAUUCAAACCAAGGGGAAGCAAGCUUCUUUCACUAACUUUGACCCUACUGGGCUGCUUCCUGCAUGUCGAGACUAUUGGACAUACCCUGGCUCCCUGACCACUCCACCACUGCUUGAAUGUGUGAUCUGGCAUGUUCUGAAGGAGCCCAUCACUGUCAGCCCUGAGCAGAUGUGCAAACUCCGUGGCCUUUGCUUCAGUGCUGAGAAUGAGCCCGUGUGCCACAUGGUGGACAACUGGCGCCCAUGUCAGCCCUUGAAGAGCAGAGAAGUCAGAGCUUCCUUCCAGUAACCUCAGCGCUCAGUGUGUUACGAAUUGCUGUGUUUGUGAGGAACCCUUUUUGCUAAGCACAAAUCAAACCUUUGCCAUGUGUGCCCUGGCAACAUCAUGUCUCCCAGGUCCAUUCUUUCUUUCGCUCUGCAUCUAAAAUGCCAGCUAAUGAAAUGUGAAAGGUUCUUGGCCAAACAGGAAUAGGUUCUUUAUGUAUGGGGCUUGGGGAAGCCUGGGUGUGGGCUGUGUGCAUUUUGAUGAAUUACUGUGACUGACAACUUUGGUAUUACAAUACAUUGGCUAUUUGGGAGAGCAUAUGGUGAUAGAAAAAUAAGCCAUUCCAAGAAACCUCAUCCACAGGUGUGGUAGUACACAUAACUAAUGAUAACUUGAAGCUAUGUCAAAAGCACAGGAAUACAGAAUAGAGGUAUGCUUUAGGAAAAAAAAAAAAGUAUAUUGAGGAAGAAAAGUAAAAUGAAUAUUAAGAAUUAGUCUUAGAUUUUAAGCAACUGACAUGUAAAUAUUUUUAAGACCGUUUUACAUUUUUACCCAUGCUAUCAACAUUAUGUCUUAAUGGUAGUAUGUUGAAUUUUUUAAUUAAAAAUAUCCUAAAUUAAGUAUUAUCUUGAAAAAUUGUUAUUGCCAUAGAUUACAAAGUAUCUUUUCAUUGAAAUAAUAUAUGCUCUAAUUUAAAGAGGGAAAUAAUAAUGUAUUUUAGAUAACUUCUCUAAUAAAUCUAUACUUAUAUUUUUGCUUUCAAUCUGUUAUUUUAAUUCAGAAAAGGAGUUACUAAUCUAUUCGCACCAUUGCAUAUUAAACAUAAUUAAUAAACAUAUAGUAUAUCAAGAAUGAGUUUUGUUGAUACUAAAGAUGAAUGCAAAACUAUAUGGAUGUUAGGACAUUUUCUCUAAGUAGCUGUCUGAUAGACAGCAGAAGGAAGUAGCAGUUUUGAGCAACCACUACAAACUUUCAUUAAAGUUGGCCACAUAAUAAAGGAUCCCCUCACAAGAAUUUUGAACAAAAACAUACUGCAGAAUGGGCUUCUCCCAAACUGGUUGCAUAAGUGUUGGUGCCUUAUGUGACAGCACCAAAACAAAGAGCCUUAUCUUUAUACAGAACAUCAACACAAUCCUUUUCUCCAACAAAACCUUUCAAGACUGCAUCCCCGGAGUUUGCUUUUUAGCCUCAUGGUACCAUAUGUGAAUGAUUUCAACAGAAGAAUUUUUAACAAUUUUUACUGCUGAGUAAGAAAAUAGCUUCCAAUAACUUCCAUUGAUGGAUCAGCUGAGUUCUUAUGAUGUCAUGAGCACAUGCAAUAAAUACCUAAGUGUAAAUCUGGUCUAAAUACACAAGAUCCGAGCAAUACUGUAAGGGGCUAUUCUCCUUUUCAGGCUUCUGUCUGUUGUGAGAGAAGGCAUCUUCAAAACUCUAAUGUGACUGGAUUCUGUUACUAGUUUGUAUGACAAUUUAUUGACAAGCUUCCUACCACAUCAGGGAUGACUGUAAUUUAUAAGAUGUCAGAUGGGCAGGCAAGGUCCCCAAGCACCUGGGAUCUUAAUGAAUUGAGAUGGGAAUGAAGCCUUCUCAGAGUGCAUCCAAAAAUCUUCAGAAAACUGCCAUAUUUCCCUCCUUGAAAUGCUUUCCUAUAUAAAAACAAAGCAACCAUCCUCCCCAAAACAAAAACAAACAAACAAAAA